UCCAAUAGUCACUGCAGCUCAUACUAAUCAGAAAAGCGAAACUCACGGCUGCAGUUACUUCAAAGUUCAACGUCGAUCUGUGUGAUUGCGCGUGCUGUGAUUGCUUCCAAUUUUGGAAGAAGGUAAAAUUGGCAGCUAGGAAGGCCAGCGGAUCCGGAAAUGUUGCAAAAGUGUGAAUAACGUUUCAUAACUGAAUACGAGGAAGAAAGAAAGGACAAAAACGAUAGACACAAGAAAUCAACAGAACUACGUUGAGAAUAAUAACGUUUAUUCUCUUCACUUGUGACCGAUCCGGACAUUAGUCUCACAAUGGUGAUCACAAUUCUAAUUGUCGUGCUCCUCACGGUGUGUGUUUAUCUGUACAGCAUUAUGAAGACCAAAAUGGCACGCUUCGAGGAGCUGAAUAUUCCACAUGAACGCCCGCGAAUGUUCUUGGGUAAUAUGGUACCUUUUUUUCUCGGACGUGUGUCUUUAGCGGAGAAUGUCCAAAUGCUGUACAAACGUUUUCCAAAAACAAAAUACUUUGGCUUUUACAAUUUCAUGACGCCGACCUUUGUGAUUCGCGACCCAGACCUCAUCACUUCGAUCGCCAUCAGAAACUUCGACCAUUUUUGCGACCACCGUAAUUUCGUGAACGAAGAGCUCGAUCCAAUAGCCAGCAAAAAUCUAUUCGGGUUGCGAGGUGAUCAUUGGCGCGAGAUGCGGAAGCUACUCAGUCCAGCCUUCACGUCCAGUAAAAUGAAGAUGAUGUUUGAAUUAAUGACCGAGUGCGCCGACAAUUUCAGCAAACAUAUGGCCAACACCUCCAAAAUCAGCAGGACGAUAAAUGUGAAAGCAGAAAUGUGCAAGUACGCCAAUGAUGUAGUGGCCACAUGCGCCUUCGGCAUCAGCAUGGACUCAUUCAAACAUCCAAACAACGAGUUCUACCUUUUGGUCAGGGAGGCCAUAAACUUCGAAAGCAGUUUGUCUUUUAAAUUUUUCCUGAAUAUUAACUUCCCAGAAGUCGCGAAAUUUUUCAAAGUACGAGUAUUCAGUGAGAAAAUCGUGAACUUCUUUAAAGAGAUUGUCAGCAGCACAGUAAGGAUCAGAGAUGAGAAGAAUAUUACACGCCCGGACAUGAUUCAAUUGAUGAUGGAAACCAGGGACAAAAGUACCGGGCCAGCGUUCGAUAUCAACGAGAUGACCGCUCAAGCGUUCGUUUUCUUCAUCGCUGGAUUUGACUCCGUGUCAUCGGUAAUGUGUUUCUUAGCACACGAGGUCGCGGUGAAUCCCGAUGUUCAGAGCAAACUGAAAGCUGAGAUCGACCAAGUCCUCGAGCAGAACGACGGAAAACCCACUUACGAAGCCAUAAAUAGCAUGAAGUAUAUGGAUGCUGUGAUAACCGAGUGUCUAAGGCUGUAUCCGUUAGUGGCUUUUGUCGACAGACUAUGCGUUAAAGAGUUCGAAUUACCACCGUCGACUCCAGACAGCAAGCCGGUUACUAUAAAAGCCGGAGAGAGCGUUUGGUUCCCGGGUUACUCAUUGCAUCGUGAUCCCACUUAUUACCCGGAGCCGGACAAAUUCAAUCCAGACAGAUUCUUGAAUGGCCACACGAACAUGUCGGUUUAUUUACCGUUUGGUAUUGGGCCUAGAAUCUGCAUAGGUAACAGAUUCGCCCUAAUGCAGAUGAAAGUGAUGCUAUUCUACGUUCUAUGGCGAUGCAAUCUUGAGCCCGACGCCAAAACUAAAAUUCCCAUGGUACUGAGCAAACAUACGUUCAUCAUGCUGGCGGAUGGUGGUUUCUGGUUGAAAGUACGAGCGAGGGAAUCGACAGCUUCCGUUGAACGUUGAAUGAAUGCUCGCCGAGAGGGCGGAUGGAGAGUGUAACGGAAUUUGAGGAUAUCGGAAAGACCGUCGCGCGGAGGAAUACUCUAUAGAAGGAAAAAUUUAAGGUAAAGUACUGCGAAAUAAAAUGUUAAUGCUUGUAAUUAAUGAAUCAACGAUAGGAUUCUCUACAAAUUUCUUUGGAAACGAUGAAUCUUUUAUGCAUGUUGUAAUGUGUAUACCGAUACACAAAAACAAAGCGGUUUUAUUUCUUCUCUUGAAUGAAAUGUGCAUCGGCUCGAAAGCUUUCUCUUGUCUUCAUCGGUGAAUGAAACCGGAUUUAUGUCAUGGCGACUAUGAACGCGAGCGUGAAAUGCGUCUUGCACGCGUCUUGACGAAAGUUGCACUAUAAAUAUUGUUCAUUCUGUAUAUUUAUCGGGUCUUUCGACUCGUUUUACUUCUUAUCGCGGUAGUAUAGUAUCAGCAAGAUCAACACGAGACAACAAGAUGUUUCUCAAGGAUUUUGCGCAUUUACGGUCGCCGUCGAAAAUCUCAUAAUAAAAUAAAACAACUAAAUAAAACGUGUAAAUUUCUUUUUUCUUGAGUUUUCUAUUGUUUCUCUGUUUCAAGAAUAUAAAUCAAUAAAGUUGAAUUCAUGCAUCAUCGACAAAUCUUCGUAAGGUAAAACUUGAUUGGGGUGUAACAUGCGUUUACACAUAUCUGCAUGAAAAGAAUGAAGUAAAUACGGGAUGACAUGACAAUAGCAAAAUAUUUUCGAUAGAUAUACUUUCGAAACAUCGUACAGAAUGUGCAUAUAAUAUAUAAUACAUUCUGCAUAAUUGAUACUUUGUCAAGAAAUACGAUAAGAUAUCGAUUAUGCAAGUAAUCUAAUGUUUUGAGUCAUUUUCACACGAUAAAUAUUGUUCACUCUGUAAAUUUAUCAAGAUAUUUUUCGGCUUGUCUCACUCUUUACCUCGGGAGUGCGCUAUUUGCAAGAUCAAAGAAACAAUAAGAUGAUUCUUAGAGUUCUGUGCACUUACUGUCGUGAUUGAAAAUUUGAUAAUAAAAUGAACCAACUAAAUUAAAUGCGCAAACUUCUUUUCCUGUGUCUACUGUUUCCCUCUUUCAAGAAUAUAAAUCAUUGGAAUGAUAUUGAAUCCGUGCAUUAUCGAUUAAUAUUUGAUUGAGAAAGAACGUAUGUUUACACGUAUUAAUAUGGAAAAAAUAAAGAUACGAAGUAAAUACGCGAUAAUAUGAUCAGUGCCGUACAUUUUGUCGACGGAUAAGGUAAGAUAUCGAUUCUGCAAGUAAUUACAAGUAAGAUAUCGAUUCUGCAACUUUGUAUGUAAAUAACAUGACUAAUUAUAUAAUGAAGAACUGUUCAAGGUAAUUUCCUACCUAACUAAGUUCAAAUUCAGUAUGCUAUAUAGAGCAAGAACUCUAUUAAAAAUGGAAUAUCGUCAAUAGACCUCUGUGCAAAAUUUCAAUAUAUGCAAAUAAGUAGCGACAUAAGCAACUAGCAAAAAAUUUCAGUACGGCGUUUAAAAUAUAAUUUAAGAAAGUGCGAUUUGUCAUAUACAAUAAAUAAUAGUAAGCUGGGCAAAGAAAUUUUACAUAUCAUGUAGUCUUCUGUUUUGUACAAGACCUGUUUGGCAAUCUCAUACAGACUUCUAAGAAUUAUAAAUCUAAUU